CCGAUACCCUAUGUUCCUGAAUAUACCUUUUUAGGUGUAACUGUAGACAGAUAUCUCACUUGGGGCCCUCAUAUUAAACGGCUGAAAAAUAAAUUAAACUCUUUCACUCAAAUAAUCCGAAUGAUAAGCGGAACAAGGUGGGGUUGUUCCGUCUCAGCAACGAUGACCCUGUAUAACUCUCUUCUUGUAGGACUCUUACGGUACACCUUACCAGUUAUGAACGGAGCCUCAAAGACUGUUAUGAAAGAUCUUGAAAGUGCCCAGGCACAAGCACUGCGCUCUUGUCUGGGCCUGCCCAAAUGCACAUCGAAGAACGGCACACUCGCUGAGAAAGCAAAACUAAGUCAUAUGACGUCCUCGACUGCUGCAGAGCUCGCGGCGAUCAGAACAGCCAUGCAGCAUAUUAUUCUCCAAAAUCCACACCAAUGGGUGAUAUUCGUCGACUCUAAGUCUGCUCUUCUAGCUCUUUCUUCACUUCGUAAACAAAGUCCAAACAUACAACUUAUUCACGCAAUCCGGGAGAUCCACCAAAACGCUUUGGUUAAGGGGCACAAUAUAGUUCUCCAGUGGGUGCCAGGGCAUUGCGGGAUUACUGGAAAUAUUUGUGCAGACAACGCAGCCAGAGAAGCUCACAAAGAAACUGCUACUUUCCUCAUUCCACUUUCAAGAACUGAUUCCAACACCGUCACUCGAUCAAUCGGCAGGGAAAUAACAUCGUCGUUAUGGACAGACCCACAUUAUUACUACAAAUACCUAAAACACAUUGACCCCAAAUUAGAAUUUUGCAUGCCACGAAACCUCUCAAGAGCUCAAGAGACAACACUUCAUCGACUGCGUCUCAACGUCGCAUAUACGAAGAAAUACCUCCAUCUUAUUGGCAAGGAAGAAUCACCCAUGUGC